AUGGGAGUAUUUGACGUGUUAACAGAUUAUUUUCCCUGGGCUAUAUCCACAGCACUUAUGGCAGUGCUCUUUGGAAUUUGGUGGCAAAGAAAACGAAGCCAAAAUCCCACAAGCCAGUCUAAAGUGAAGGAGGCAAGCAUCGCUCUUAGUACGGAAAAUCAGGUAGAUGGAGAAAAUAUAUCAAGUGAUCCACUUCAAACUCGAGGUCGUCUUGCCGAAAUUAUGCUUCAAAGCUCAAUCGAGAUUACCUGUGGAUCUCCAUCCAUUUUCGAUCUUCCAAUAAAACUCGAAGUUCACAAAGACGAAAGGGCAAUUUGCAGACAUACUAUCGGUGGUGAACACAAAAACGAGAAAAUUAUUCUUCUAGUUGGACCGCCAGGCGCUGGAAAGACAACUCUCAUCAACGCCAUAAUAAAUUACAUCCUGGGCGUAAAAUGGAAAGAUACCUUCCGAUUCAAACUUGUCGUGGAUGAUAAGAUGUCUUCACAGAGUCACAGUCAAGAGAAGGCCAUCAAUAUCUACACAAUCUAUCCGAUGGAAGGCUCGAAGCUUACCUACACUUUGACCAUAGUUGAUACUCCUGGUUAUGGAGAUUCCAGAGGACUACAGAUGGACAGAACCGUUGCUGAUCAGAUGAGAGAAUUCCUUUCUGCUGCUCCUCCAAUAGGUGUUGAUCAUCUCGAUGGUAUUGGUUUUGUCACACAGGCUUCCUUACCUCACCCCACCAUAGAGCAGGAAUACAUCUUCGACUCCAUAAUGUCUAUGUUUGGAAAAGAUAUGUCCAAAAACAUCUUUAUGCUCCUUACGUUUGCAGAAAGUCGGAAACACACUCUGCACGACGUUUUUAACAAAACAGGUGUCCCUAAUGAUAAGAUCUUCAUACUCAACAACGAGGCACUAUAUGCAGAAAAUACUGAAGACGCUGAUGACAUGUUCAAUGCUGUGUUCUGGAAAAUGAGUUUCCGUUCCCUUAAUAGCUUUUUCCAACAGCUUGAAAAUUCAGAAAGUGUCAGUCUCCAACUUACCAGAGAAGUGUGGAAAGAACGCGAUCAGCUACAAAUCCUCAUUGAACAGCUUCACACAGAGAUUGCAACACGUCGGAGUAAGACUGACCAGCUGAGACACAAGGAGAGUGCAUUAGCGAAACAUAAAACAGGCGAUGGAAACGAAACUUUAGAAAAUCUCGAAAAGAAAGAUGAUGUUUCACUGCAGUUCCUUGAAGAUGGGCUAGUGGGCACCAUGAAAAACCAAAUCCAAGAUCGUCUUCGUCACCUGGAUGAAGUUGCUUUAAAACCCGACCCAUUGACACAAGUAGAGUACCUUGAGCGACUUAUCGAAUCAGAGAAACAAGAUGCCAGACCUGGAUGUCAACAACGACUUCACUUGUACGAGGAAGCCAAAACUCAAGUUGAAAUUUACAGCAGUAGGAAGAUAAUAGAUAUGCCGAAGGAGGCUGUUCCAGUUGGCCCACCUCGCUUAGCCGAAACCAUACUCCAAAAAUCGGAGAAGAUAUCAGAUGGUCCCCCGCCAGUCUACUUGCUUGCAACAGAAAUAAAAUUGAAUCAGGACAAAGGAAGGAUUGCCAAAAAGUGCAUAGGCAGCCCCAGUGAUGUCUGUGAUCGAGGUAAGGAAAAAGUCCUUAUGGUUGUUGGCGCAACAGGAGCUGGAAAGACAACCCUUAUCAACGGGAUGGUCAACUACAUCCUGGGCGUGAAAUGGGCUGAUAAGUUCCGUUACAAACUCGUCGUAGAAGACAGCAAAGUAUCACAAGCUUUCAGUCAGACCAGGGAUAUCACGGCUUACACAAUUUACCCAAUGAAGGGCUCUGCUGUUCCAUACGCUUUUACCAUCAUCGAUACACCAGGCUUUGGAGACACGGGAGGACUGGAAAGAGACAAAGAAAUCACCAAUCAGAUCAAAGAAUUUUUUUCAAUUCCUCCUCCAGAUGGGAUCGAUCAUCUUGAUUGCAUUGGUUUUGUCACGCAAGCCUCUUUGGCCCGUCUUACCCCAACACAAGAGUACAUCUUCGACUCCAUCUUAUCUGUAUUUGGAAAAGAUGUCGUUAAAAGCAUCUUCAUGCUGGUCACGUUUGCAGACGGCCAACAGCCCCCAGUAAUGGAAGCCAUAAACAACGCCAAAAUCCCAGCGCAGAAGUUUUACAAAUUCAACAACUCAGCCUUGUACGCAAAUAACUCCGAAGAGGUCGAAGAAGAAUUCGAUGCAAUGUUUUGGAGGAUGGGUGCUCGUUCCUUUGAGAAAUUCUUCUUAGAGUUUGAGAAGACGGAUAGCGUUAGCCUUCAGCUGACUCAAGAGGUGCUAAAGGAACGCCAUCAGCUUCAAAUCAUAAUUGAAGGCUUGAGCCCGCAAAUCAAAGAGGGUCUAAACAAAAUUGAGGAAAUGCGGCAAGAAGAGGCUAUCUUAAAAAAACACGAGGCGGACAUAGAAACAAACAAGUCGUUCACGUAUCCAGUCGAAAUUACUGUUCCAGUCGAGAUUAGACUUGAAGGGACUGGUAGGCAUACCACCACAUGUCUCCGAUGCAAUUUUACUUGUCAUAAAAACUGUCAAACUGCGAAUGACGACAAAAAGUUUAAUUGCUGGGCUAUGGACGACGAUGGAAACUGCAGGAUCUGUACUCAACAUUGCAAAUGGUCGGAGCACCGGAAUCUUCCUUACGUGAUCGAAUACAGGAAAAAGAAAGAAAUGAGAACAUCAGAUGACCUCAAAAAAAAAUACGAAACAGCCUUGUCAGGGAAGAACCAUGUAAAGGGCAUGAUUGGCAAACUAGAAGAGUACCUCACGUCGGUGCAUACCAAAGUCCUUAAAAUGAUAGUCAGAGCUCAGCAAAGCCUACGACGCCUGGACGAAAUUGCCCUCAAGCCCAACCCACUGACCCAGAUAGAGUAUCUGGAGCUCCUCAUUGAAUCCGAAAAGAAUGAAGCCAAAGAGGGAUGGAAACAACGCGUUCAAUAUUACGAAGAAGCCAAACGUCAAGCUCAAAUAUUAGCCAAAGUUAAAGAUAUUAAAGCAGCCGAAAAGCAGAUCAAAGAGAAAGCUUCCAGUGGAGAUAAAUGUACGAAACAGUCAUUGAGACGAGAACCUCAGAAGAUCUUAAAAAGAAAUACGAAGUAGCUAAGUUAGGGAAGAACGAAGCGGAAGGCAUGA